CUGUAUACAGCUAGGUAGCGCGUCUUGUGGAUUUGUUUACAUUUUGAAAUGUUUACAAUAUCAAAACAACUAGCGGUAUCCUUGUAUCAAUUGAUAUAAUACAGCAGAUAGAAAAGGUAUAACAAGGCCAGACCAUGUUUUCCAGGAGUAGACUAGUGGGGACUCCUCAAAGGAACAGAACCAAUGUGGCCACUAAUGAUUUCACUCCGAUUGGUGUCAAGUCAAGUCAUUAUGAACCUGUUACUGAUACUUUUACCAAUACAAGAUCUACUGGAAGAUCAUUAUUUCAACCCAUAGCAGAUAUACCGAAAGAACAUGAAUCAUUCGCUGAUACUACGUUUGAGUAUACUACUGAUUCAAUUCAUUCUAUAGAUCAACCUACCAUACAAUCGUAUCAUCCCCAAGCUAGAUCUGACAAAGAUCAUAAUAAUAAUAAUAAUAACUUUUCUAAAAAUCUUAUCAAUAAUGGGGCUGCUUCAGUUAAAGAACAAGAUGAUAGAAUCCGUGAAUUGAAUUCUGAAAAUUACAUUCUUCGAUUAAAGGUUAUCGAUCUUCAAAAGUUUCUUCGUGGUACUCCUGAAGAACAAAGACAAGUUCUUUCAGAAAACUUUAGAUUAAGAGAAGAAUUAACAGCUGCAAUCAGUCACAUAGAGAAAUUAAAGUUACUUCAAGGUGGUCAAUCAACUAAUGAUGAAUAUUUGCAUGAAAAGGUUACUAGUUAUGAACAUCAGCUUCAAGAAAAGGAUAAUCAUAUAGAUGGGUUGGAAAAAGAACUUAGAGAAUCUAGACAUUUAUUAAACUUAGCCAAUAACACAUCCCAUACUAAUCAAGAUGAUUUGAUUCAAAAAUUACAUAUCCUGCAACAAGAAAAUCAUAAUAUAUCCUUACAAUUAAAUGAUUUGAAAUCAACCAAUAAUUCACUUGCCCUGGAAAAUGAAAAUCUUCAUAGUAAAAUUCAAGAAUUAAUCCAUCUGAAUAAGGAAAUCUCAAAUGGCUCUGAAAGUUCUAUAUCAUCAUUAAGAGAUCAAAUCAAAGCUUUAGAGGCAACAUGUGAGAACCUUUCAGAAUCAAGACUGUCAUUGAAGAAAGAAGUAGAUAACUGGAAACGUCAGUAUGAAUCUCUUCAAUCCACCAUAAAUAAUUCACAUACAGAAUUUGAUCAUGAACGAGAUUCAUUAUUAUCAGAAUUAAACAAAUUAAGAUCACAAGUUGAAUUCAAUAAUAAAGAAUUACAAGAUUCAUCUAAAUCAUAUCAUAUUUUAACAGAAGAAAUUGAAUCUAAAGAUAGAGCAUUAGCAAUAAAAUCCCAAGAAUUAGAUUCAUUAAAAGCUAGUAAUGAAAGAUUAAAUGAUGAAUUAACUUCCAUACAAAGAGAAAAGUUGAAUAAUGAUGAUGCUCAAUUUUCAAUAAAAUCUCAAUUAAGAACUUAUGAAAUGCAAAUUGAAUCAUUAAAAAGUCAACUUAAACAUGGUGGAAUAGCAGAUAAUCAAUUACAUCAAAGUCAACAACAAGUCAUUGAACUUCAAGAAAGAGUCAACUAUUAUGAACAUGAAUAUGAAAAUUUGAAAACAAAAUAUGAAUCGUCUUCUUCUAAGACUUCAAGAUUAGAAUUAGAAUUAGAUGAUUUGAAAAUAGAGUUGGCUCGUCUUAAGAGUGAAAAAUCAAAUCUUGACCAUAAGAUUGAAACAGUAACAGGAAACCAUCUUUCAUCUAAAGAACUUAUGUCACGUUUAACUCAUGAUAAACAGAAGUUGGAAGAUAUCAAUGAUAAAUUAACUGAAGAUUUAAAAUCCAAAACUAGAGAAUUAGAAUUUUUGAAAUUACGCUCAAAUAAUGAAAAUAGAGAUCUUGAUACUAAAUUUGAUAAUUUAAUUUCUGAAAAUACAGAAUUAAAGACAGUUAUUGACAAUUAUUCCAAGAAAUUAAGAGAUUUGGAUUUACAAUUCAGAGAUAUUGAAAUUGAAUUAGAUACUAAAACAAAGAAUUCUGAAAUAUUAAAAUAUCAAAUUGAAAAACUUCAAAAUACUUUACGUGAAAAAGAAGAAAUGUAUAAGGAAGAAUUAUUUAUCACCAAUAAUAGGGUUAAAAACUUUUCAAGUAACAAUAAUAAUAGUACCAAUAAUAAUCAAGAAUUAACUGAUUAUUUGAAAUUAAAAUCAAAUCAAGAUGCAUCAAGAAUUCUUAAGUUGGAACAAGAUAUUGAAAGUUUAAGAAAAGAUUAUCAAAUUGAAAUCACAAGAUAUAAAGAUAAGAUAUCAUCUUUGGAAAGUCAAAUUGAUUUACAAAAAGAAUUAAUUAGGAAUAGUCAAGAAAGUAAGAGUAAUGAUCCAUCUCCAGUACAAGCUUUAUUAGAAUUACAAUUGAAAGAAGCAUCCAAAUCAUCUCAAGGCCUUACACAAGAAUUAAAUGAAGCAGUUUCUCGUUAUACCGCCGCUGAAAUUAAUCUUAAAAGGUUAGAAAAGGAUAAUGCUGAAUUAUUAAACCUGAUGAUAUCAGAAGAAUCCAAAAAUAAAUCAAUUAAAAAUGAAAGUAUUUCACAACAGAUUAAAGUUAAUGAAUUGAAGGAAGAAUUAUUAACUGCUAAGAGUCAUUGUAAGAAGUUAGCAAAUAAGGUUGAAGAGCUUAUGCAAGAGAAUAUUUUAAGUGAGAAACUAUCAUCAAAAUUAAAGAUCCAAUCUGAUAAUGAUUUAAAUAAAUCAAAUCAAUAUUUACAAAGGAAAGUUCAAGUUUUAAAUAAGAAAUUACAAUCUUCACUGAAUUUGGAUAAUAGUGAUAAGACCAUUCUCUUAGAGAAUGAAUUGACUUAUUAUAAAGCCAAAUUAUAUGAUAUGAAUUUAAGAGCUAAUGAUCUUCAAAUCAUGUACUUAUUUGCCAUUAACUCAAUUAAAAAUUCAGAUAAAUCACUUCGAAAUGAAUUAUACAAUUUAACUAGAGUUGGAAUUUAUCCUGAUUAUUCAUCAAUGAGAAUUGCAAAGUUAAAACAAGGUAAACGUUUAACAUUCAAACAAUUAGCUCUUUUUGUAUUAGCUGGUAUUAGAAUAAAACGAAGAUGUGAAAAAUCUCAAAAACGAAAAUUAAAAUUAGAAGAAUUAAAGGAUGAAAUAGACUAUAAUAAGAUUAAGCUACUUCAAUAGAAAGAAAUAUAAUUAACCCAUCCAUUCAUUCAUUUAUUUAUUUAUUUAUGUAUUAUACAUAUAUGUAUCAGUAAUAUAUAUCAUUAUCUCAUUAUGCGUGUAAUUGGAGUUUGGAAAAUACGAUCGUUGGAAGCUUGACGAGUUCUACCAACACGAGGAGUUUGUAUUAUUCCUUGAUGAUUUGACGUACCUAUCGAGGAGCUUCUUAAAGGUUGGAAAGAUGUAUUAUUAGCACUAGCGCCACCAUUAUUAUUAUUAUUAUUUGAAAGUUGAGCUUCUGAUGCCGUUGAAUUUAUAAAAAAAUCGCCAUGAUGAACACUAAAUGUACUAUCAUUAACCAAUUCCGAAUUUAAUAAAACAUCAUUGUUAUCACUUAUUUGAAACCCAUUCGAUAAAUAUUCCGCCACUGUCAUUUGAUUUGUUCCACCAUCUGCUUCAGUAGUACGUAAGAAUCCUA